AUGUCGGGUGUCGCCCCGUUUUUCACCCGAGCUGAAAAGCAUAAACCUGCAGCGAGGGAACAGAGCAGCAAAGUUUCCUGUUAAUAAAACAUUCUGGGUUUAAUUCUUCCCCGAGAAAGUACAGUAAUUAAUGUGCAGAUGGUUGCUCUGUUAAUUGCAUUGUUAGAAUACAUCACAAUGUGGAUUUUAAAGCUGAAUGCUGCUCAGGAAGAAGAAUGUUUGCUCAAGUAUUUUUCUCUUCUUCUUGACACAGCUGCAAAUUAUCAUUCAGAUGUUUUCAUGUAAAUGACUCUGAAGGGUUUCUGAAAUGCUUCAGAGAUGCUCAGGCCUAAUGAAGAAUGUGGUACACUCAGGAGAGCCAACAAAAAUGAGCAAAUUGCAGGCGAGACUCAUCAAAUAAUGAACACCAGGCCCUUAUUAGAGGAAUAUUACAUUCAAUUUCACUUGUAGGAUCAGGCUUUCCUCUGAGUUUUCCCUCACAGCCUUUGAAGUAGAUGGAUGUUACGCCCGUUAUAAACACAUUUAAAAAAUCAUGUUUGUUUUUCUGAAGCGUGCGAGUUUGUUUACAGCAGAUUUGGGAGUACCGUGACUCUGAUUUCUGUGAUUUUAUAAUCCCCUUUUCUUCAUUCCUGGUUGUAAAACCUCAACACAUGUCAGGGUGUGGUAUUUUUUUAAGACUUUGAGGUAGGCGGUCCUCCUCAGGUGCUCGCGUCUUAUUGGUGGAUGCCGUUCUCUAAAAAAGACAAUACCUGAAACAGGUAGAGGAGAGACGACAGACAGCACACCGAGAGAGAUCACUCCUUGGUGAAGACGUCUUUGAAUCUACCUGCAGACGGUUUUGUUUUGCAUUUGCAGAUUCACCUGGAGACCACAGGAGCAAAUGAGGUGAGUAAUGCAUUUUAAGGAAGGUAAGGUAUUUAUCAAUGCAUAGAGGAGGAAAAAAAAGACUAUUUGGAUGCAAAAGUUUAACCACAAACUCCUGAAAAAAGAAGCUACGGUGAAUGUAUUAUGACGAUAAGAUCAGGAGCAGCUUCCUUUGUUAAGAUAAGUACGACCAAGAGAGAUCUCAGGGCGAAUGAGGGCAGCAGUUGAAUGAAAAAGUGUGGAAGUAAGUGCAAAAAUAGAGAGAAAAGUCUGACUAUCUGAGAGCUUCAGGUGUGUUUGGUUGGUGUUGUGUCUCCCUUGCAGCAGGACUCAAAGGCAGACAGAUAGCGAGGCAGGACGUGUGUGUGUGGUGUGGCAGCAGCGGUGGGAUUGAGGAGGGGAUUUUUUUUUUUUAGGGUAGGGGGGGUUGCAUCACCGCUGACUAAACAGUCAUUCAGCUCAGGCCUGUGAUAACGUGCCAGAGCUGAGGAUUUCAACAACAGGAGCAGCCUGAAAGCCUGCAGCCACAGAGCGCCGGGCAGGCCUGGUCUCGCUCAGUCUCAGGCUCAAACCUCAGCCCAGAGAAAAAGGGAGAGGCCAAGAUCCUAUCCCUGCUGCUGCUGCACACACCACCUCCCCCUCAACCUGGAAGGCGUCAUCGUAAAUCAAAAAAAAAGGGGGGGCUCAAAACUUCUGUAAUAAACACUUUGAUAAAACUUUGGUGAAUCAGAGCAAGAAACGGCUGUUUUAUGCAUGUUUUUGUGUUACGUUUCAGAUACUGUCUGCGAGAUUAUCCCAUGUGUUCUAUCCUUCAUUCCACCGGAGUCUGUGUCUGUAUUUAACCAGAUUUCAGUGGUGUGAAGUGUAAGAGACAUGGGGAUAAGGCUUCACAGGCUAACACUCCCGACACCGCGAGGCAUCUCCAAAAAGUUAAAGUCCUAACUCAAUUUGAACGCUGGAAACUGCAUAAAGUUGUUUUUCUCCGUGAUCAUGUUGUGUAUGUGAUAUUUUGUAUAUAUGUCUUUGGUGUGUUAUGCAUGUUUUGUUUUUUUCAUGACGAUACCACACUGAACAUCCCAGAAUCAUGAAUAAAUUUCUCAACCUUGUGCCCAGUGUUUCUUUUUUCCUACAAGUGCAACAUCUCAAAUCAUCACAGAGCCAUUAUACCACCCACGCCCAACUUUCUCUGCUUCUCAGCCCCAGAGCAGGAGAGGGUUGUUUUUUUCUUUUUCUUUUUUUUUUUUUUCAUUAGCCAACAUGGAGAGUUGGAGACUCAGCCCACGCAAACAACCUUUACUGUUUGGCAAAUGAAGCUUAUUAACAAUUUAAAACAUGCCCUCGCUGUAGCCCACACAAUCAUGUCAUUAAACAUGUUUCUCCUUGCUCGAGAUGCAUUUCAACUACUUUCGGAGUGUUUCUCUAAAGAAGUGCACAUCAAAGUAACAGACACCAACAUAAUCGUCUUUUUUUUUCUGUUUCCAUACCUCAAAGAUUAUUAUUUACUCCUCUAAACCACAGUGCACAUCUCUGUUUGUGAUUCAAAAUGCAUGCUAGGCCUUGUAGUGUGAAAAUGUGGAAAUAAAAGAAACAUUACUGCAGAGCAAAGCUACAUUCAUACAUAAAUACCCCAUGGUUAUGCAUGUAAGUACACGCCUAUAAAUAAAAAUGCAUCCUCAAAGUCUCAGUUAUGUAAGACAGAAUCUUUUCCCAUCUGUGUCUUUGUGUUUUCCAGCUAUUUGCUAUAUGUUGGCCUGCACAGUGCAGAGCUAGUCUCCUAGACAACGUAACAAAAACAGAACAUCAAAUCUAACCACACGUAUGUGAGUCAUGAGACGACUAUAUCGAAAUAUGAUCAUGAAAAACUGCAGGAAAUGUCACUUUGUGGAAUAUAUUUGCAACUUUUGUGUCUAUUUUACAACAGUAGUGCUACUUCAUGAUAAAAUUUAGCUUUUAAAAUCUGUUCAUAACAUUAUGGGAAAAUGGACCAUAUCACACCUGUCCUUGAGUCCCUACACUGGUUCUCUGUGAGUCAAAAGAUCCUGUUACUGGUCUACAAAUGACUGAAUGGUCUUGGGCCAUUCAGUGAUCUGUUCGGGGACCGGUCUACUCAUUGUCCUCAGGGUCAGAACCAAGCAGGGUGAAGCUACAUUCAGGUUCUAUGGCCCUCACACACAAACUGUCAGCUCAUUCAAAUUAGAGCUGACAACAUUACUGUUUACUGCAGCUUUUUUACAGCGUCAUUUCCUUUCACUUCUACUCUGCUGUUCUGUCGAUUUCAGCUGUUUUAGUGAUUUUAAAUUACAUUUUAUUUUGAUUUUAAAUCGUUUUAAUCUCUCUUCCCUUAACCUAACCCUAAAGGUCCUUACACACUGGGAAUAUUCAGAGGUGAAUUUUGACAUGCCUGACUAUUCACAUCAAGCACGAUGCAAUUUUGCGACUUUCCAGGGGGGAAAAACGAUGCGUCCCGGGUGGAACCGAGAAGACUGACACAACAGCAGGCUGAGUGUUUUUGAGUUCUGAUUAGACAAAUAGUGUAACUGAGUCGGGGCCAGUACCAGAUAAGCACAUUAAACUAUAAUCCAUAAACGUAAGGUAACAACUGAGAUUUAAUGGUGCUGUGACAGCAACGCGAUUGAGUUUGAGACAGUGAAAAUACAUAUGGUAUGUUGUAUCUGAGCAAGUUAGCUUACGAGCUAAAGUUACUUAGCACAGAUGAAAGUUAAAACAAAGACGUUUAGCAAACUGUUAAAACACAAAAACCAUCGUCAUAUGAGAAAUCCGACGCUGUGACUCUCCACAAGUUCUCCUUCAGGUUGUUAUCUUUGUAAUAUUUGUGUCUUUUAUCAAAAAGCACUCUGUUCUCCGAUAUGUAAACAAUCAGCCAGUCGGCCAUGUUGGAGGCGAAGGAGGGUGGGACCCCUCAAAAAAAAUUUUCGCUUACUGGAACGCCGUUAACUCGGGUGUAGAAUGAUUCCCAGUUCUGACACUCCCGGUUUCCAAGGUAACUAGAAUGCAGCAUAAUGUUAUGUGUCCUUAUAAAUAUUUGUUUUUGCAUCUUUUGAUGUGUGAUUGUUCCAAAAGAAAAUACAAAUAAUGCUACAGUUUAAAAGUAAACUUCGAUCUCUGAUAGCAGCAUCACUGAAUGGAGUCCAUACUGAUUCAACAGACAUGAAAAUCCAGAUAAUACGUUCGUUCGUCUUUCUGCUUUUGAGUUCAGCAUUCGGGGAGGACACAGGUGAGAGCCAAUGUUUUUUGCAGCAGGUGCAGCCACUCACUAAAAAAAUUUAACUGGAAAAAAAAAAAAAAAAGGAAAAACUCUGAGUGAGAGUGAAUUUGCUGAUUGCUCUGUUCUCUGUUGUGAAAUGUUGAUUAUUCAGUUUCUAUUCGGUGCAGCUGAGGAGGGAAAUAUGACAGCUUCACGCCGCACAGCCUGCUCUUGCUAAUUGAGAGCACAAGCCUGGUGCAGAAAUGUUGUGUUCAGUGUCAGCAUCACGCUCCAUUAACUGGAAUAAACAGUGUGCUGUAGUCAUGCCUCAACAUGACGGUUCAAUGCAAGCUGCAGGUCUAUUACAUAAUUCCUAAAAUAAAAAUACUCUUCUCCAGGGUUACUUAGACGUGUGUUCUUGUUUUUAAAGUGUCAGAAGACAUCGGUGUUCAUCAGCUGGAACGCUUAGUGGAGUUACUGACGUCUAGUGAGUGUGAGGAUCUCCUGUUCACGCUCUCUCACCCUGAGGAGAACAUUUUCAGGCACCUUGAACGCCUCUCACCUGAAAGAAAUCGACUAGAUCUCAAACCCCGAGCCAAGAGAGACGCCUCAUCUGAGAAGGGUUAGUGCUCAUCAUCACCUCGAACACCUCCAGCUGAGACCUUCCCUCCUUAGACCAUAGAAAUCACAAUGUUUAAUGUAUGCAUGAAAAUCUUUUCACUUACAGUAGAUGCGUUAAAAUCAUUUAAGGGUAAUUAGUCACUGUAAUGAUUCAUUGUGUCAAUACUGGCCCUGAAGAGAUUCUCUGUUAAAGUAGUGUGAGUGGAAGUGAUGGAGGAGAAAAUUUAUAGCAGUUUAAAGCUCCUGUGAGGAACUUUUGGACUGUGUCAACUUUGGCGCCCCCUGUGGCCAAAGCAGGAAUGUUUUAUCUUCUACAUGCUUGAUUAAAAAAUCGCAUCUUACUGACUUUUGGCAGUCACAUUAGGACAGAAAACAGUGGUUGAAUAUCUCCUCUUAGAGAUGGGAGAAAAAAAUCGAUUCACGCAAGUAUCGCAAUUUUUUGUUUUACAAUUUUAAAUCAAUUUUUAUGCAUAAAAACUGACUUACAUGUGAUAUGUAUUUUGGGGUAAAUAUGGUUCCUGGAAUAGUUAGUAGACAAUCAUAAUCAUUCAACUGUUCCACUGGUGUUAAAAAUGCAGACUAAGGGUCCUUACACACUGGGGCCGGCACGAAUAUGGAACGCGAAAUCACGAAAUAUUCGGAGGCAAAUUUUGACGCGCCUGACUAUACACAUCAAGCCCGAUGCGAUUUUGCGACUUUCCGGGGGGAAAAAGACGUAUCCCGGGGAAGACUUUUCUGGGGGAAGUCCCGCCACCUGUCCUUCAGGUUGUUAUCUUUGUAAUGUUUGUGUCUUUUAUCAAAAAGCACUCUGUUUUCCGACACGUAAACAAUCAGCCAGUCGGAUAUGUUGAAUAUACCAGUGAAUCUGACGUUGCAACAACACGAAAUCUGAUUGGUCAGAAGUGGACACGCAGUCUGCGAAACUUUAGAAAAAUCGACCAUGAUCCGAAAAAAUAAAUGCCUCAAUAUCGCAGAACGGGAAAAUGUCGCUGAUGUGAACGCUUGUAUUCACAGGAUACGGGUUAGAAAAAAAAUCAUGACGUCCGAAAUAAUCGCAAGACAAAAACGGUCCUGGUGUGUAAGGACCUUAAAAUCGACAAUAUCGUAGAAUCACAAUUUAAAUCAAAUUGGCAUCCAAAAACACCGUAGAAGAAUCGAAUCGGGAGAAAAGAAUAUCAUCCCAGCCCUAUCUCCUGUUUUUUUUUUUCCUUGUCUGAUCUAGAGCUGUUGAAUGUUUUGUUUUUGUAACUUCAGAGUUGUAUAAGACAAAAUCUGUGGAUUUCUUCCCAUCCUUCACAUAUAAAUGUGGCCAGGAAAGGAUUUUAGCCACGGAGCCUCUGGGAUUUGUGGGUUUUGUCACCAGAAAGACUUGAAAAAAAUGUGACUUCUUCUUAAAAUGCUAUAAGCUGUCAUAAGAUAAAGCUUAAGUCCACCCUGAGAGCUGUCUGUUUCCCUCACGUCCAGCUCAGCUCGAGGAGUUUCUGGCAGCACGCUGACAGUCGGAGACCUGUCUGUCUGACGGCCAUAUGUUUUCUGUUUACUAGAUAGCGAGGUCCAGUGCCGGACGGCCCUGACAGACUGGCUGCUGAAGUAUGGAGAGCAGACCUACUACGACAGGCUUUCCCGCGCCUUGCAGCACAUCGGCAGGACAGACAUCGCCAUGGGUGAGAUGCAAAUGGACUCAGAGAGAACACAUGUGCUUCUUGUAGCACAGAAAAACUUUGUGUUAAUCUAACAGGCCUAAAAGCUGAAGUGGUUAACUUCUUUUGUACAGCACGGUGUUGUGGAGACAUCUCAGCAUGUCCCUUGACAAAAGAAAAUUGGAACAAAGCCUCAUUUGGGUGCAUGGUGGUGUACUUUCUAAAACGGGUUUAUUUCUGGUCAAGAAGGCCUCCUCAGACUUGAACAACAGCACGUAAUUGCUUCAUUACUUUCAGAUUCUUUUUAAUUGGAACUUCACAAGCGGCAUAUUUUCGCACGCUGCCAGUCUCUGGCAUGUGUUGCUGUCCAGCGUGCGCACGACUCCACAGCCGAGCGGCGUUGGAUAGAAGGAGGUGUAAAUGAUCUGACAGAGGACUCAGUGGAGCUGACACAAGCCACAGAACAAACCAUCUGUUCCUUUCAUCAGCAGCUUUGGAGGAAAAAAAGACAAGGAGAGGAUGGAAGAGAUGAGUUAUAAGACAUGGAGGAGGGGGGGUUGAUGGGAAAGACUGCGUGGAUGCAGAAUGCUGCAAUUAUCAUGCACUUGACUGUAGUUCUGACAAGAUGCACUCAUAUGUAGAAACUUGUGUCUUUUAUUCCGAAGGACAGACGCUGCUCUUCUGCCAGAACUAAUUAUGGUCACAGCAAGAAAACAACAAUUAAAUUCUAAUUUACAAUCUCUGAUAGGAUGAAACACGGAGCUCCUAAACUCUAGAAAUGACGGGGAACUUCUUACUGAUUGUCUCUGUGCUCUUGUUUUCACAGAAGUGGGGAAGAACAUCAACCAGGACAAACUCUUGAACCUGAAACGCUACGUGGAAGAGUACCACAAGUAUGCCAGCUCUUUGAAUGUCCCUCCUAUACAAUCAGACUCGAAGAACAAGAAGCAGAAGGUCAAGAAGAGAAAGGGUAAGGGUAGAAAAACCCUAAAUUUACUUAAAACCCUGCGUGCCUUUGGCGAGGCUAAGCUACUGGGGGCAUUGUUCCCAUUAAAGGCAAUGCAUGUUCAAUGGAAACAAAGAUACAGAUACAGAAUAAUAGAUAUGCCAGUGUGCUGCAGCAGCCUGCUAACGUGACAGCCAUCUUGGUAGGGGCAACAUUCCCAUUGAAGGCAUUGCAUGUACAUUGAAAAUAAAUCGUAACGUUUGCUUAUUUCUCAACCGAUUUUUAUGUGGUUGACUUUAUUUCCAACACCAAAACAUGUGGUAUUAUUUAGAAAGAUUUGAGAAAGAAAGAAAGAAAUGGGAAUGUUGCCCCUACCAAGAUGGCUGCCAUGUAGCCACUUUGCUUAGCAGGCUGGCCCUUCAAAGUUAGUAAAAUGUGAGUUUAUCUACUAUACCAGUGGCCUGAAAGCCUGCACUUCAAAACCGCUCUUUGUAGAUUUUGCUAAACUCAACAAAAAGACAGCAUACGCCUAUUCCCCUCAGACUAUUAGCAUACCUUAUUAGCUGUCCAGAUAAUAAGGUAUGCUAACAAUCCAGACAAGAGUAUUUGGUUUGGUUUGGUGGAAACAAAAUUGAAUAAGUUUUAGCAUGUGUGGCCAUAUCUAAGCCUCAAAUAUCUCUGGCUGCUGAUGUCAAGUGGAGAUUUUUUUGGGUUUCCCCCUCGAGACCGUCUGAAUGACAAAUGAUAUGUUUCGCUGAGCCCUGAAUCUAUUAAGUGUUUAGAUGAGAUGCCGGAUUAGAUCUGGUGGUCGUGGGCAUGCUUCCAACUCAUUACGUCUCAACACCAGCCUUCUCAUCCUAUGAGGAGUAUUUCCCAGGAUGCCUCAAAAUUCAAAAAUGUAAUUAUCACCUGUCUAUUUUUUUUUAGAUGUUCCCAGGUGUUUCUUUCAAGCCAAAACCUUAACAGAAACACUCCCAUAGUCCUUGGAGAUGAUUAGAGUGUCUUCCCUGUUUGUGCUUUGUGUUAAUGUGUGCGCAUGUGUGUGAUUUAGUGAGGGAUCUGACAUGGCGUGACCUGGAUCUGAUAGUAGAGCGGGCUCCUGUGCCAGUGUACCAGAAAGGACCUUUGGAUGUAGCUCUGCCACUCUUGAAUGGCUUCCUGCUGGGUUUUGGAGGUACCUUGCUGGCUGGUCUUGUUGUACUCUUCGUUAUGGUUCGACUCUCCAGUAAAGAUGGAAACAGCCGUCAACCGAGGGCCAACAGCCGCUCCGGCAGUGAGCUUGUUAUUAAGGUUGUUUAAAGAUGGGAGCUUUGUGAGGGACAGGGGCCGAACCGGAGAGACUCUGGAGGUAUUUAUAAACUCUCUGGACAGCCUCUAAAGUAAAUCUACAACUGCAUGUAAUCUUAAAUAAAAAAACAACUACAGAUUGAACUCAUUCCCUCCAUAUUUAUGUCUUUGAAAAAAACAUCAGAGUGGGGUACAGAUGCUAUGUUAUGUAUUUUGAUAUUUUAAAUACACAAAACAGGGGUUUACCCAAAGACAGCAACUUUGUAGCAUGGCAACAAUGGAGGAGACACAGACAGAAAUGGCGAUUUACAGUAUGGUCAACAAUUAUCGAACCCUGGCCUAUAUAGUCUGAGCUAGGGCUGGACCAUAAACCGAAAUGUUACCGAUACAGAAAUUUACGUCAAUAACCGACGUCAUUUUGCCCAUAUCAGUAUAUUCGGUGUCAAUAAAAUAAAUAAAUAAAAGUUGGUUUUGGAUGUGUGUAAGAAGGCUAUGGUCUCAUGUCCCUUUAAGACACUGUCCUACAUCAGAGACGUGACUCCACCCCGUCCAGUCCAUAAAAAAAGAGGGAAAGACAGGUGAGGAGAUGGAGGACGGUUCAAAAGUUGGAGUUAAUGUGGGAGGGUGUGAGCAGCUUGUGGAGUAGUUAUCAUCCAUUUAUCGUUAUCGAGGUGAAUUGCUCAAUAUAUCGUGAUUUUGAUUUGAGGCCAUUUCGCCCAGCCCUAGUCUGAGCUGCUCUUAAAGAUUUAGCUGAUAAUAUUAACUCAAAAUCAAAUGUGCGACUUCGGCAAAUUCAUUAGCUGCUAGCUUUCUAAGAAAAGUCAAGAUUUUUUUUGAGUUGUAAGUCAUGUAAAGCUACAAAUAAUGCUAAAUAAAAAACAUGAAAGAACUCUUACACAACUAUCUUGAAACUUUCAAGAUAUUCAUGUAAAAUAAAAGACCACAAGCUGAGUUUAGAGGGUUGACGACAUUAAAAUAAGUGAUAAAAAAUAAAAAAUCUUCCAGUCUUAUCCACUCAGAAACAGAAACUCAUUAUCGAUUCCACUACACUACAACUAAUUAUGGCAAACAUGACAAGAUAAUAAUCUGGUUUCAGUUAAAGCAAUUACCCACGCUGUAUUUCUCUGGACAGGUUUGCGUUUUUGCCACACCAGUUGGUAGAUCAUGAGCGGUGUGACAGAUGCAUUGGAUCCCGGCCCUCACACCGAAGGUUGUUCCGGUGUUACUGUGAUAGUGAUGCCACUUUCCAUUUCCCCUCCGAGUGACGGCAAAGUGCCCGUCUGGCAUUGAAGAACGACUAAUUAUCCAGCCUGGCGCUCGCUUCCUUGGAGCCUGCCGAUACCUCCACAGGCAAUCCAAAAAGACUAAUAACAAUGACAAUGCUAGCCGACAAUGAGGCACUUUUGGUGGGUGACAGAUCGGGAACAAAGAGAUAUAUCAUCUUGAAGAAGGAUGUCUCACAAGCCAAACUAACUUGAUUUUUCCCCACUUUAUUUGAGAUGUUGCAGCUACACAAACCAAGAAAAUGUCACCAGAGACCAAAGCGAAGAGUCAAAUUAACUCUGACAUCUGCGGGCUUUAAUAAAGGGAAUUAUUUGCUCACAACAAGGCUGUUUUCACAUAUUCUGCUGAGUGUGCUUCAUAAUAGCGAGACAGUAAAGACUCAGUGGCACGGGACAACUAUCAAGCUUCUUGUUCUCGGUUUUAUGCGCUACCUCCACUUUCUUCUUUAUAAUUGAACUAAUUAGUUCAUUAUACAAAUCUGCCCUAAUGUGCUUCAGAAGGCAGACAGCCUGGAUUAACAAUGGCACUACGCAGCAAUUACAGACAAUUAGUUCAUAAUUCAGCAUUUCAACAAAUUAAAGUGCCAAGCAAAACUGUAUAAGCAACACUGCAAGAGGGCAAAAGGGCACUGGGGUUUCCAACUCUUAGAUCUAUGAUGGGUUAUUUUGCUUCAACCUCAGCAUCAACACUUCUAAUGAUGGGAAUUAGACUUUUUAGAUGAAAAAAUAGGGAUUAAAAGUCCACCGGAUUGUUAAUCGGAUUAUGAAACACUUCAAAUGUAGUCCAGAAAUAGGGGUGGGAGAAAAAAAUCGAUACAGCAUAGUAUCGGGAUAUUUUGUCUUGUGAUGUAUUGUAUCAUCUAAUUUACCAAGUAUUGAUUUUUCAAAUUAAUUGCUAAUAUGAAGUCAAAUCUAUUAAAAAAAUAAAAUCAACUGUUUGUCCAGUGAGAUAGGUAGAAGCGACAUCAUAGAGCGGGAGAAAGUUAUUAUAACAAAUAUAUAUAAGGUUCGCAAGAUGUGCUACAUGAAAAUAAAACAGCGUAAAUAAGACAAAUAUAAAGGAAAGAGAAAUGCUAAAUUAGCUCAACAGUUGAAAAAAUUUUUUAAAUCGCAAUACCGUAUUUUUCGCACUAAGGCGCACCAGAUUAUAAAGCACAUUAAGACAAACAAUGUGCUUCGACAAGCCAUCAGGCUGUGCGGCUUUGUAGCUUACCGAAGUCGUAAUAAAACAUUUUGACAUAUUUUUGAGCACUGUGUACCACAUAAAAUCGGUUCGAGGUCAGUAAGCACAACCAGAAUUCUUACAUGAGGCGCACCUGAUUAUAAGACGCACUGAGGAUUUUUGAGAAAAUUUAAGGAUUUUAAGUGCCCCUUGUAGUCCGAAAUAUACGGUAUAUUGUAUCCCAAUACUCACUGUAUUGCAAAAAAAUCACAAUAAAAUCAUAUCGUGGCCUAAGUAUCGUGAUAAAAUUGUAUCGUGGGACCACUGUUGAUUCCCAUCCCAAUUGGAUCCAAAAAGUUAAAGCCAAUGAACUCGACAAUGAAACAUCUGUACCAACCACGACUUUCCUAAUUGGUACAUCUCUACAAAAUUUGAGGAUUAGCUCUCCUUCAUGUGUUAAAUUUUAGUAAGACUUUUAAAACCAAAUUAUUUCCCCUUGGUCUUCUCCCCCUCAGACACAGAGCAAGUAAUUACAACCAGCCAAAUCACUGAAUAAAGAAGUCUCGCAUUAAAAACCAAUUUUUUCCCUGAUUCUCUUUUGUGACUUGGAAACCAAGAGAUGAGCGGUAAUUUACUUAAGCGUAAUAGCUACUCCAAAACCUUCAUUUUGGUGAAAUGACACUGACUCAAAAUGUCAGUGACGUGACUUGAAAUGCUGAAAAGUUUUUGCCUCGAGAAGUUUCGAUGUCCACUUGGCGACCAGCGGGGAGCUCUUAUAAACGCUCUCCACGGGUAACAGACGACACUCAUGAAGGCUGAUGAGGAGGUUCAAUCCACCCGCCUGAACUCUCAGUCCAGCUCAGUCACUGUCCUGAUGUUUUGCUCAGAGUGAGUCAGUCCCUCUGUGAGUCUUUAGGACUACACUGUUUCACCUUCAUCACUUCCCAGGUGGCUCCGGCACAACUCUUCCCCAACAAAACUUCCUCUGUCCUUCAGUUUUCCCCUGCUGGCUGUCGGGAUCCUGCAGGUGCUGACUGUGACAGGUUCACCUGCUGUGGGCUCACCUGUGUUUCUGUAACCAGUGGAGGGGAAAGCUGGAGUACUCUAUGCCUGAAUGACUCACAGAAACAGCUUGCCACACGGGGCCUGCAUCAUGGUUGUGACACUGCUUAGCAUAGCCAAGGUCCCACCUGGAAGUAAACUAUAAACACUUUGAAUGUGAAGAUCAGAGCGUUAAAAGUACACUACUUCAUUUUCGCCGAAGCAGGACUUGAUCGUGGGAUCGUCUCCAUCCGUGGCCUUUAGGAUGCGUUCACUGUCCUCUGUAAAUGAGCACCAGAAUAAAGCCAACGUUCAUUCCGAGCUAUUCUCAUGCAAAAGGAUGAAGCAAUCACAGGCGUCAUGCUUGAAUAGAGAAUAGAUCUGACAUGAAAUUGACAUUUACAGCCAAGGCGAAGCCAACAUGUGAGGAUACGGUUUCCAGGCAUAUCCAUUGUCAUGUAAAAUAGGUCCUUUUCAGGGUUUUUAUUCUGCCCGUUUCUUCGGGUUAUUUAAUAGUUUGUGGAGCAGCGGCUUAUCAAAGUGGAUCCUCCAAGGAGGGCGCAUCUGUCCCUCGUCAUUGACUCCUUGCAGCAUACGAAGUGGAGUGUUUGUCUGGAUGAAAAUGUAGAUGGACGGGAUGUGAUGCGUGCCAGGGGGACACUCAGACAGAGGGGGCACAGUCCUUGAUGUGCUGAGGCUGAGUGUUCGGGUUCUCGGGUCUCUGGGGUGUGCUUAGUGUCACUAAAGGCUUUAACUUCCCCUCCCUCCAUUUGCAUCUUCAUUCAUCUGCAGGUCCACUGAGGUGCAGCAAGUCCCGGCUCAGCCAUCAGUCUGCCUUUGCUCAAUAUAUAUGGAUCACAGGGAAACGAGAUCACAACUCCAGCUCCUUUUUACAGUCAGACUUUCUGUUUAAUCGCCUCGGCUCCAGCUCUCACAACUUUGUCUUUCAUGGUUUCCUUCAGGGAAUCUGAGACUUCUUCAAAGUUUUUUUUUUUUUCUCUUUUUUUUCUGCUGAUCAGACAGGAGCAGCUCAGCGGGGUUCAUGGAUAAAGCCACAGUGCCAUCCUGUGGUCAGGAAUGGUUAUUACAGCGCAUUAUCAGCCUGAUGCAAUUGAGCUUUUGAGGGGUUUUAAGUGUCUGACGCCUUAAUAAAUGAGAAUACUAUAAAAUUAAAGUGUUAUUUAUAACAGUAAUACAUACAGACUUUGGCUGUGGGGAAUUAGUAACAGCACGAAGACCUGCUGUUGUGCAAUACAAGAAAUAAAUGUCUUGUAAUGUGCAUUUUAGCAGCUGUUUUGUCCGUUUCCAUGGUAAUAACGAUAACAAAAUGCUUGAAAAUGAUUAAAUCUGCAAAUGAAAUAUCUGGAGUAAGUUUCCUCUUUCUUUAACCUCAGACAUAUAAUCUACGGUGGAAACUUCCACCUUCCGCAGAGGUGUCACCAAGUGGUAGGUGUUACUAGGGCUGGGCAAUAUGGACCAAAAGUCAUAUCCUGAUAAUUUCAUAGGCUGGAUGAAAUUAUGCAAAGAACAAUAAAAUGUAAACAUAAAUACUUUAAAACCAUAGGAGUACCUUUUCUUCUUUUUUAAAUUGGAGCUCCAUAAGGUGCACAUUUAAAUGAAAAAUAUAUCUUAAAUAAAAAUAGCCCAUAAAGUAAAAUAGGUCAAUCCUUUUCUGAAAUAAAUUGAGAAAAGCAUCAACAUUUUGACAACUAUAAAUGGCCAAUUAAAAUCAAAUUGCAGAUUUUCUUCUCCUUUUCUUCUCUUACGUGAAAAAGAUUAUAUGUCGGAGAUUAAAAAAAAAAAAGAGGAAAACUAUUCCUGAGAAACUGAAGACAUAAUGUAAAAUAUCUGGAGUGUUUGCCUACAACAGAGAUAAACCAAUGAAUUGAUCCGGCAGCCUCAUCAGUGUGGCCGUUAUGGAGCAAGGUUACGAAGGGUUAAAAAGGACUAUUUUGAACCCUGUGCCUUUUACAAUAACUCCCAUACACCCUGCUGUAAAAGUUUGCUGAAAUUUCCUCCUUCACCAUAUUUUUUUCUAAAGGAUAACCUGUUUUUUACAUCCUAAAUGAAAGCAUGUGAAAUUUAAAACAGCUUCUUGUUUGAGUAAUGCAGUUUAACUUUAUCCCUGACAUCUAUAUCAGUCACGUUGUUCUGAAAUCAAUCAUAUAACCCUCUUGAGGUUUGUAUGUCAUGAACUAAUCAAAUAUGUACAUGUUACUGGCUGAAAUAACCAUAUUUAUGAGCUUACAGAAUAUUAGCUGUAAUUGUUACAGAAUUAUCAAAUGCAUGAAACAACAACCUAAUAUUGAUAUUGUACAUGAUCCAUCUGCAGAUCUGCUCUCUAUAUCAGUCAACUAUUAUUCUUGAUGUACCACAGAAGUGACUCAACACUGCAUCAUACCCAAAUGUAAUAAUUAAGACCAAUCAACUGAUCAAUAUUAUUUUUCUUCUUAUUGCAGUCCUCAUGUAUUGGACGAUCCUGGCUUGUGUGACAGGUAUUUCGUUAAUUAUCAUUCUUCUGUUGGUUGGAUCUAAAAGCCUUCAUAAAUCAUCAUCACAGUUGAAUCCUCUCGCUGACAGAUGAGUCUUAAUGAAGAGAUAAACAAAGAGGCAGUAGAUAAUGGAUGCAUGGUCUGUCUGUUUGUUGAGGGGGAAAAACAUUGGAGAUAUCUACCUUCUAAGCCUCAGAUAGACGUGUUUCCUCUGCUCCCCUGGGACACAAGAAAAACAAGAGCGAGAAAGCCCGACUUCGAAGAGAAUACCUCUGAAAAUCAAACCCUUUUCUGCUUUUUCUUUUGUUUACCAUUUGUUAUCUGUGUUUUUUGGGGUUAAUGAGUAUAAUAUGGAAGAACUGCAAGGAGUGUUUUCAUGCGGAGCCCACCAGAAAGCUAAUUUGCAAAUGUUUGUGUUAAUGAUUCUGAUGCAUUACGCAGCUGAAGCGGGGGGGCAAUCUCUCUAAUGCGUGUGGGGUUAAUGGCCUCAGUGUGCGCUGACAGACAGACGUUUGUAGACUCUCAGACACGGCCACAACACGUCUCUAAAGUCUGAUUCGAGUGUCAGCUGAACUCCGCUCCUGACAGGUCAGUUCUUCAAGUCUGACAUUAAUAAAGUGUGUCAACCUGUUAAGACGCAGCUGAAGUGGAAGUGACGGGUCUUUUGGCGGUCCUCCAUAACUCUAACACCACUUCAAAUAACCGUGUCUGCAGUAAAAACAAGUUUACAGGGUUACUAUAGUCGUGACUGCAUACUCUUGUUUAUUUUGGCAGCAGGUUUGUGUGCAUAGAGCUUGAAAAAUAAUAAGUAUAGCGGCCAUGAGGGUCAUCUCUCCCUGUCAUUUCACAAAAAAACAGGAGAACAAUUUACCUGGAGCCAAAUUUCACAAAACACGACCACGUCCACAAAACAAAAUUACUUUGAAUGGAGAACGGCUUUUGAGAAAAUGUCAGAUAAACAUCCGUGAUACUACAGAACCAACAAGAUAAUACCAGAGCGGAGAAUAUAUACCUGCUAAUCACAAAAACAGUGACUGGAGUGGAGGCACGCUCCCAUUACAGGGUUCCUACACAGCUGGGAUUUCCAUACUUUUCCAUACCCUACUUUUCAGAAUUAUUUUUGGAAAUACCGACUUUUCUAUUGGAGAAAUCAGUACUUUAGAACUGUGGUAAUAGUCUGAAAACGUGUAUAUUUUUCCAUACUUUUUAAAGACCUGGAAAUUGAUCAAAUCUAUUUCCAUACUUUUUAAGACUUGCGUAGGAACCCUGUCAUUAAGUUUUGAGGAAAGGGUAGACUUCAGUGAGCGGGUGGCGUUUGUUUCGCUGCAAUACAAACCACCAUCAUGGCGGACAAGAAGUACAAGUGGAAAACUGUACGUGGAAAAUGCAGCAGAAUUGAAAGCUGACAAAGAAAACUGACAAAGAAUGUUUAAUUUGCCAGGACUCGAUUACUCAAACAUGGGGGUUACUGAAGAGGAAGAAGACCAAGAACAAGAACAAGGCCAAUCCCAAACCGCCCCCCAACACACUCGCCCUCCAUUUGCGCGUCUCCAUUGAGGCUCCGCCAUAUUGAAAGCCAUCCCAAACCACAGAGUGGGGAGAGCGAGUGGACCGUUCAGCCCUUCAAUAGUGAGUCUGCACACUCACGACAG